AGCAGGGACCCGUUUGGUCGCUACACCGCGGCACGCUCUGCCGGGUCCGCCGGGUGAGAUGGAGGCGCUGGCGGCGGAGUUGGGCGCCGUGACGGCGGAGCGGGCGGCGGCUCCCGUGAGCGCAGUGGAGGAGAAAUGGAGGCUCCUACCCGCGUUCCUCAAGGUGAAAGGACUUGUGAAACAGCACAUAGACUCAUUCAACUAUUUUAUCAACGUGGAGAUAAAGAAAAUCAUGAAAGCCAAUGAAAAAGUGACAAGUGAUGCUGAUCCAAUGUGGUACUUGAAAUACCUCAACAUCUAUGUGGGUACUCCAGAUGUGGAAGAAAGUUUCAAUGUGACACGACCUGUAUCGCCUCACGAGUGCCGCCUGAGAGACAUGACUUACUCUGCCCCGAUUACAGUGGACAUUGAAUAUACCCGAGGUAGCCAGAGGAUCAUCCGUAAUGCAUUACCCAUUGGCAGAAUGCCUAUCAUGCUGCGUAGCUCCAAUUGUGUUCUUACUGGAAAAACUCCAGCAGAAUUUGCAAAACUCAACGAAUGUCCUUUAGACCCAGGUGGCUAUUUCAUUGUUAAAGGUGUAGAGAAAGUCAUCCUUAUCCAAGAGCAGUUAUCCAAAAACAGAAUAAUUGUGGAAGCUGAUAGAAAAGGCACAGUGGGUGCUUCUGUUACCAGUUCCACUCAUGAGAAGAAGAGCAGAACAAACUUGGUUGUGAAACAAGGAAGAUUUUACCUGAGGCAUAACACUCUGUCAGAAGAUAUUCCCAUUGCUAUCAUCUUUAAGGCCAUGGGUGUUGAAAGUGACCAAGAGAUUGUACAGAUGAUUGGCACAGAGGAACACGUGAUGGCUGCAUUUGCUCCUAGUCUGGAAGAGUGCCAAAAAGCUCAAAUUUUUACACAGAUGCAGGCAUUGAAGUACAUUGGAAACAAAGUACGAAGGCAAAGGAUGUGGGGAGGCCCAAAGAAAACAAAGAUGGAAGAAGCACGAGAACUGCUAGCAUCAACUAUUCUGACCCAUGUUCUUGUGAAGGAGUUCAAUUUCCGUGCCAAAUGCAUUUACACAGCAGUAAUGGUGCGCAGAGUAAUUCUGGCUCAAGGAGAAAAUAAAGUAGAUGACAGAGACUACUAUGGAAAUAAACGCUUGGAGUUGGCAGGGCAGCUUCUUUCUCUUCUGUUUGAAGAUUUGUUCAAAAAAUUUAACUCUGAGCUGAAAAAGAUUGCUGACCAGGUAAUCCCCAAGCAACGUGCAGCUCAGUUUGAUGUAGUGAAGCACAUGCGUCAGGACCAAAUCACCAAUGGCAUGGUCAAUGCCAUUUCCACAGGAAAUUGGUCUCUGAAGAGAUUCAAAAUGGACCGCCAAGGUGUGACUCAAGUAUUGUCCCGCUUGUCUUACAUAUCUGCUCUGGGAAUGAUGACUAGAAUCUCUUCUCAGUUUGAAAAGACAAGGAAAGUGAGUGGUCCUCGAUCAUUGCAGCCAUCUCAGUGGGGGAUGCUCUGCCCAUCGGACACUCCUGAAGGAGAGGCUUGUGGUUUGGUUAAAAACCUUGCUCUGAUGACUCACAUUACUACAGAUAUGGAAGAUGGCCCAAUCAUUAAACUAGCCAGUAAUCUUGGAGUCGAAGAUGUGAAUUUGCUCUGUGGUGAAGAACUUUCAUAUCCUAAUGUGUUCCUUGUUUUCCUGAAUGGUAACAUCCUUGGUGUCAUACGUGAUCAUCAAAAGCUAGUCAACACGUUUCGGAUAAUGCGACGAGCUGGUUAUAUCAAUGAAUUUGUUUCCAUCUCUACAAAUCUUUCUGACAGAUGUGUCUACAUUUCCUCUGAUGGAGGGAGAUUGUGCAGACCCUAUAUAAUUGUAAAGAAGCAAAAACCUGCAGUAACAAACAAGCAUAUGGAAGAACUGGCUCAGGGUUACAGGAAUUUUGAAGAUUUCUUGCAUGAAGGCCUUGUUGAAUAUUUGGAUGUGAAUGAAGAAAAUGACUGCAAUAUUGCACUGUAUGAACAUACAAUUAAUAAGGAUACAACACAUUUGGAGAUUGAGCCUUUCACGCUGCUUGGUGUCUGUGCCGGUCUGAUUCCAUAUCCUCACCACAACCAGUCCCCACGAAACACUUACCAGUGUGCCAUGGGGAAACAAGCAAUGGGUACUAUUGGAUACAAUCAAAGAAACAGGAUAGAUACUCUUAUGUAUCUUCUUGCCUAUCCACAAAAGCCAAUGGUAAAAACAAAAACAAUUGAACUGAUAGAUUUUGAGAAACUGCCUGCUGGACAGAAUGCCACAGUUGCUGUCAUGAGCUACAGUGGUUACGAUAUUGAAGAUGCUCUUGUCCUAAACAAAGCAUCUCUGGACAGAGGUUUUGGAAGGUGUCUCGUGUACAAGAAUGCCAAGUGUACACUGAAGCGUUACACAAAUCAGACAUUUGACAAAGUGAUGGGUCCAAUGUUGGAUGCAGCUACUCGCAAACCAAUCUGGCGCCAUGAAAUCUUAGAUGCUGAUGGUAUCUGCUCUCCUGGUGAAAAAGUAGAAAAUAAACAAGUCCUUGUGAACAAAUCAAUGCCAACAGUCACCCAGACACCUCUGGAAGGAAGCAGUGUGCCACAGCAACCACAGUACAAAGACGUGCCAGUAACCUAUAAAGGUGCUACUGAUUCUUAUAUUGAAAAAGUAAUGAUUUCAUCAAAUGCAGAGGAUGCUUUCUUGAUCAAAAUGUUAUUGAGGCAAACGAGGCGCCCAGAAAUUGGAGAUAAAUUUAGCAGUCGUCAUGGACAGAAAGGGGUGUGUGGACUGAUUGUUCCUCAGGAGGACAUGCCAUUUUGUGAUACAGGGAUUUGUCCAGAUAUCAUAAUGAACCCUCAUGGCUUCCCAUCGCGUAUGACGGUAGGAAAGUUAAUUGAACUCCUGGCUGGGAAGGCUGGGGUCCUAGAUGGCAGAUUUCACUACGGAACAGCUUUUGGAGGCAGUAAAGUGAAGGAUGUGUGUGAAGAUCUCAUUCGCCAUGGUUAUAACUACCUAGGGAAGGACUAUGUAACAUCUGGUAUCACUGGGGAGCCUCUGGAAGCGUACAUCUAUUUUGGCCCUGUGUAUUACCAGAAACUGAAGCACAUGGUGUUGGAUAAAAUGCAUGCAAGAGCUCGAGGACCCAGAGCAGUACUUACCAGGCAACCCACUGAAGGUCGAUCCCGUGAUGGUGGUUUACGUCUUGGAGAGAUGGAACGGGAUUGCCUGAUAGGUUAUGGAGCCAGCAUGCUGUUAUUGGAGAGACUGAUGAUUUCAAGUGAUGCCUUUGAAGUGGAUGUUUGCGGGCAGUGCGGCUUGCUGGGAUACUCUGGCUGGUGCCAUUACUGCAAAUCAUCUUGUCACGUGUCUUCUCUGCGGAUACCUUAUGCCUGUAAACUCUUAUUCCAAGAACUGCAGUCGAUGAACAUCAUACCUAGGCUAAAACUAGCUAAGUACAACGAAUGAACAAGAAAAAGAAGAGAAAAAGUACUUUGUAUAAAUUGAAAUCCAGCGUAUCUAACUGAAAGAUUUUUUUGGUGUACGGGAGUAACUCUACAACCUAAGUGGGCAGAAGGAGGUGCAGACCAGUUGUAGGAAAUCUUUUGUGUGUAUUCUACCUGUUUUAAGUUCACAGAAGACACUUCAUCAGUAACAUUCACUAGUAGUUCUGAAAGCAUUGAUGUGUCGUAGUGAACAAGGCACGAGGGAAUGGUGGAAUGAAGUCAUGAUCCAGCAAGGCACAUCCAUCCCUUUCAAGGAUGUAGCAACCCCAUACUCUGUUUUGAAAAAUGUUUUGCUGGACUAAGGCAUGAGCUGCCCUCAGGGCACAUCCUAUUCAGAGAGGUUAAAAACACGUUUUACAGACUAGUGGAAUAUGAAAGGCUAAUAAAUGUUUUAAAUAAUUGUGCCCGAAUCUGUGGUGCUGUGUUGUGUUAAGGAUGGUGAAGCCUUCUCGUAAUGUCUAAAACAUUUUGCUAUUCCUAAAGCAUGUUGUUAAAGCAUUAAUUAGUCAGUCUUAGACAUAUGAAAGAACAGCACCUAGAGAAUUUGAAAUAGUCAUUUUUAAGUGCAAUUUUUUUUUAUGAGAUACAAGGUCUAAAGAGACCUAAAGCAGCAGAUGAACCAAGAGUUCACUCAAAACCCCAAACUCUCCUGAGUCCUUUCUUAGGAAAGCACAUUUACCUUUUUAACUGAAGUCAGGAGGAAUUAUGAGCAUGUUUAGGUGCUUGAGAGAAAUAUACUGCACUAGAACAAUCAGAAUGCAGAACAUUGACUGUGAAAGUCCUGAGGUGCCCUCUGCCUCUUCAUACAGCUGAAUUGUGGAUGCUGAUCCUGACACGGCUAUGCCAGUCAUGUUGCUGCUGUUCUCUUAGCCACAUAAGAAGCACAAAUGAGUACCAGCUUGAAUAGACUUCCUAAGCUGCUAACAAAAUAUGUAAACUAGCAAUUUUGUGUCUUAGGUUACAAACAAAAUCAGAUUACAAACAAAACGGGGAGAUUUUAUUCUCUUUUUUUUUUUUCUUUUUUUUUUUUUCAGUAGGACUGAUGGCAAUGUAGAUCUCAGCACAGCACAUUUGGACUGGAAAAGCUCUUGAAGCACCUCUACUGAGAUCUGAACAGCUCUGGGUUAUUUAUGAUGAUUUAUAGCAGAACGACAUAAACCAAAAAUUGUCAUUUGCAAACUACUAGAGGAAGGGGUUAAUCAACAGCCCCAACCAAAUUAACAACCUCGUUUUUCUCCAUGAUUGCCAAACUGAGGCUCGGGUGCACCACCAGAGGGAGUGAGCCUCACAGGCUUUAGCAUGUUGGUGGGAGAAGCGUUGACUUGGCACAAGGAAACCACUCUUAGGAUAAAGGCUAGCCAGUCCUCUUUUAAGUGAUCUCCUGGCUUAAGAGGUCUGAACUACAGGACGUUAUCAGGACUAAGCAAUGCAAGCAAUUACACCUGCAGAAAUUUAAGCAGACAGCAGAGAAGAGCAAAGUAGCAUGCUCCCAUGUAACCCUGUUGAGAGUACAGAUCUGUGUGCAGUCCUGAAGGGGGGACCUUGCAGCUGUUACACCUCAUGCUGUUGAAAGCAUGGCAAUGGCUUUUGGGAAGAUCUUGAGAGAGUAAAGGAAAUCCUCUGUUGUAGUUUAGGAAGCCGGUUGCAAUUUUAGCAUUGGGUGUAUCCAGCAGAGCAUAGAAACUAGACAUGUCUAGGAGCAAGGGAGAGUCAUCCCCUAUGAACUGUUUUGGUGAUACUUGAUCAGCUUCAUUUACAUGUUAUUGUCUCGCCGAAAUCUGUGAAUAUAUAGGAGUUUAUAUGCCUGCAGAUUUGAGCUGAAAUCCCAGUUUUUACUUCUUGCCUCUCUUGAAAAGGAUGCCUGUGUUCCUUCUUAAGACACUCACAAGUAAGUUCUUUGCAGCAGAAUAAGCAGUACAAAACCAGCAGCAGAAACUGAGCAGACAGCUGUGGUGAAAGAGGCAGUUCAGUGAAGGAAUCCUACUGCAGACAGGGCAAAUUACAACACAGAGACUAGUGGAGUAAAAUAUAUCCUCAGAAUCCCACAGCUGUCACACUGCUUUCCUCUGGUGAGCCUCAUCUUUGCAAUCCUUUCAAUUAUCUUUCAGCCGACCUCCCCUCCCCCCCUUUUUAUACAGUGAGUUCCUUCACAAAGAGGUCUCAUGCCAGCUAGGGGCUGCAUUGCUGUAAGUAAACUUCCCCAGAUCAGCCCUGCCACGUUUGCUGAAAGAGAUACAGUAUUCUGAACAGCACGUAACAAAAUCUUAAGGCAUUAGCAGGAGGACUUGUGGCUAGAAAAUUGCCAAAAAUGUUCAUUCUUUUGCAACUUCUUUAUCUCUCACUAGUUAGCCUCCAGGAGAGGCUUUCUACUCCAAUUGCUAUUCAACUUGAAGGUCACCAGCAUUAGUCCCAACUGAACGGCAGAAUACGGUCCGUGCCCAGAGGUGUGUGCUGCUGUGGGAAGAGCUAUCUAACUCCAUGUAUCAGAAGUUCCCAUUUACUUUGCACAUAAGGAUUCAGCACUAUCAAAUGGCAGGAGUAUUUUUGGAAUAGAAUUCAGAAAUUGUCAUUUCAUUUCAAAACACAGACAUUAAAAGCUACCCCUUCAAACAGCAUCCAUGCCUAGCUGUACUGCUCUGGUGUGAGAAGCAGAAUCGAGUCAAGGAGGGGGCAGAAAAAGCACAGCUGUUUGUGGAGUUGUGGGUAAAGUGUUGUUUAGAGUUCAGAAAAACAGCCUCAGUCAUUUGCGUACCCUUUAAGACUUUUUCUUUCUUUCUUUCUUUUUUUUUUUUCUAAGGUAAAUGUUUCCAAACAUAUGAACAAGAAAACUAUAAAGAAAAAUGAAACCAGACUGGCCAAUUCUGGCAUUCAGAGAGGUUACAAUAUCAAAUACAGGUAUACUGGGAUUUAAUAAUUUUAAGAUGUAGAAAAUGAAUAGGUUUUGUUUGUAAUAUCCAUAUCUUAAGAGCUUUGCUUGCAAAGAAGCUUGAGCAUGCAGCAAAGAGGGCUUUGAAUUCCAUGGGCUCCUAGUUACAUGCUGCUUAAAAAAAGAGGAGGAAAACCAACAAAAAAUAGACCACAAUGAUGAGAAAUUACCGCUGUGACUUUACUUGGAGUUUCUUGCUCAUAAAUAGAAAACAUCUGUGCUUUAUAGUAAUAUGGGAGUAACUUAGAAGUCUGAAGAUUGUGUCGUUGUUUAGUGAUAACAAAUGGCAAAUAAAUAGUGCUGUACUUCUGCAAAUUGGUUUGUAAACCCUGCUCAGAAUGCACCUGUAGGGUUGGAUUGUAGCAAUAAAUAUCACUGUGCAGACCAAGCCAAAUAAGAAGGGCUCAAAACUUACCAGUUUUAGAUCUUAGAACUAGGCUGCUUCAAGCCUGUGCACUCCCAAGCCCUGGAACAACCUACCUGAGCUCACAUGCCUUGUG